GUGCAACAGCAUGCAUUUGUACUAUUAUCAGAUGUGUUUCAGAAAAUAUUUGUAUUAAUCCCAAAUUACAAAUAUCGUUGUAUAGUUUUCUUUCUAUAGUACAUCAUUAAUAACUGUGUAGUGCUAGAAAGUGAAUAGACAUCACUGUAGAUGAUUCUUUUAAUCUUUUUGGUUUUCUCCCUCGUUCUUUCCAGUCCAGUAUGUUGUCAGCAUCGAGUGAUUCUGUCACGCCGUAGUAGAAAUGUGAAACUGACCACAAGUUUGUGCGCUCCAGUCUUGUUGAAGUAAAAUGCAUGGAUUAGCACAGGAAACACAGGCAAUAUGGUUAGAUACUGCAGUGAUGUCAUCAACACGGGACGCGGCACGGCGACAGAGGCGCCGUGAGCUCGACGCUCGCAGGAGUAAGUCCCGGAUUCGGCUGGGAUCCUGCCUGGAGGACUGGGGAGAACUGAAGGAAAAGCUGGGGUUCGGUCUGCAUUCAGAGCUCGCACAGUAUCUGCUGGAGAGUUAUUUUUCGAACAUCUGCAUCAGCUGUUCAGGUGCGGUCAUUAAAAUGGAGAGUCUCGACACAUUUCUGACCUCAAAGGAGUCAUUGAAUCACUUAGUUACGCUCGUUCACAAUCACAGUCAGCAAUGCCAUUUUACUCCAAUUGUACAGGCUGCACACAGCAACAGUCCUAAUCCACACUCUAAUGUGGUGAACAAAGGGAGGAGACAGACUGGUGAUUUGCUAAACACACUCAGUGCUGAACCUUUGGAGAAAUGUGAUGCUCAGUUGCAUAAAACCAUUUUUGAUCAUAUUGAUAGUGACCAUCGCAAAUCUCCGACAAGAGAGAGUAAUGAUACAAUUGGACAUGUCCACGGGGAUUGCAGUUGCAAAGAUAUAGUGACCUGCAAAAGGAAUGACCUCACUGAUAAGUGUGGUUCUGUUGUCCCCUGCUCUGAUGGCGCUUAUGGCACUAGUGAAGACUGUACUGAAAAUACCUCUAAUAAUGACAGUAUCUCCUGUCCUCCCAUCAGCGGUACAGGUGAAGCUGCUUGCCGGAGCAGAUCCAGGCUUGCUCAAGGCUCUCCUGAAAUGGGAGGGGAUACAGUAACGAGCGGCGGAGAUGGGAGGAUAAGGAGAUCACUUGGCCUGAGGUGGGAAUGCGAAGGGGGCCAUGUGUUUGUGUGGUGUCCCUCAGAGAGAGUCGACAGGGCAAAGAAGUCUAACUUGGGGGCGAGGGAGGGCGCAGAGAGGGUUAAUUCGCAGUCGGAGACCCUUCCUGCCCUUCGCAAGACGAGAGCAAAGCCGAGCAGAAGGUGUAGAAAGGAUGGAGAGAGAGCCAAGGAACUCUCUACAAACAGAACCAGGAGGGAUCCAAGCUCGAAUUCCCCAACACCCGAUGCAGAACACGAGCCAGCAGAGGAGGUGACGCUUGAGCACCGAGCAGCUGAGGAUGGCAACAGUGCGACAGAUAAGGCAGACUCUGUAAGUAGUUGGGAGACAGCGGUAGAGAGUGGAAGUAACCUUGUUGCAGCAGACAACACGCAGCUGGAGGACGCAAGCGAAGAGCAGGACUCACCUCCUGUGGAUGAAGAGGCUGAUAUAAGUUACACUGAUGACCUGACUGACAAGAACUAUAGCCCUUUUUCAAAAAGUGAUGCUGCAGUUUCUUGGAUGUCCACUUCCCCUGUGAGGAAUGUGAGAUAUGGGAACACAGUUCAAACUGGAGAAGCAACCGGGGAAACCAGGAAGAGUCUGAGAGAGAAAAACAGAAGGAAUAUAAGAAGGGGAACAGACGAUGAUAUUUCACAGAUUGGAGCUAAAAGAAUUAGAAAGGCAACUCAGAGGGAGAUUCUACCCUGCGAAUUUGAUGGGUGUGGGAAAAUAUUCUCUACUCGUCAGUAUCUCAAUCAUCACAUGAAAUACCAGCACUUUCAACAGAAGACCUUCGCUUGCUCUCAUCCAACGUGUGGAAAGUCUUUCAAUUUCAAAAAACACCUGAAGGAGCAUGAGAAGCUACACAGCAAUAAGAGGGAUUACAUCUGUGAAUUCUGUGCCCGAGCUUUUCGAACCAGCAGCAAUCUGAUCAUCCAUCGACGGAUUCACACUGGAGAAAAACCUCUGCAGUGCGAGGUGUGUGGUUUCACCUGCAGACAGAAGGCGUCCCUCAACUGGCACAUGCGGAAACACAACGCGGAGUCCAGCUACCUCUACGCCUGUGAGAUCUGUGGCAAGCGCUUCGAGAAGAGAGACAACGUCGCGGCCCACCGCAACAAGAGCCACCCGCAGUGCCCCGGCCCCGCGCCGCCGCCGUCCUGCCACCCCGAGCCCCUCGCGGACGGCACCCGGGCAGGGGCACAGCCCUCCCCCUCGUAGUGCAGGGCCGCAGCCCUGAAUGUAUCAGCCGUUCCCAACCCUUCAGUCCCACCAUCCUGAUUCGGUGCCUCUGAGAAACACUGGCAUCAUGUUACAGCCUUGAUCGUGUUGU